AUGAACUCACGUCUUCAGAGCAACCCCGUGAGAUCCCACGACCAGACCGAAAGGUCUGGUGAGCAAGGCGGAGCUUCACGCUCCGACCAGCCCGCAAGAGCUGGUGCCAAUGACCAGCAAGGUGCUCGCGUUAGUCACUUGGCUACAUUCUCUGACUUCGUCGUUCAAGCCCUGCGCGACGGACGCUUCCAUAGCAGACCUCGUGAGCCCCAGCACUAUGUCCUCACGUGCAAGCACGUUCACCGUCGCUCCGGUGCUAGUGAGUAUAAUCCGAUCUCCUACUCCACCAUGUUUGACGAACCCGGUGUGCUGCAAUGUGAAGAUGGCCGUUCCUCUCGUUGCCGCGUCUGGUGGCCGACCAUGAAUCUAUGCCCUCAUUGUGGCAUUCACUUCUGUCAGAAAUGCGGUACUUUGCAUGCGAAGAACGAUGUCAACGCAGUGAACCGUAAGCGCCCUUCGACAUUGAGAAGAAAAGCAGAUCGCUUCCUCAAGCAUCUGUACGGUCAGCAGCCCAAAGUUGUUCGUACUGGAGAUGACAGAGAUCGUUGA